AUGAAAUGUGCAGAGCUUUCACCCGGAAAACUAUCCAUGGAUGAAGCAGCCUUAAUUACUCUCUACUCAAUGGAAUGGAAGCCUCAAGAGGAAUGUCUUUAUCAUGUUUUAAAUGAAACUUUGCGAAAUGAAAAGCGCCAAAAAUUGAAACCUUGGUUUAUUUUUCUCAAAUUAAUUCUUACUGCGCUGGCUAAAAUUCCAUCCAGCCUUUCAUUUGUUUAUCGUGGUGUCAAACAAGACAUGAGAAAAGGAUAUCCCGAAGGAAAAACAUUCGUUUGGUGGGGAUUCAGCUCUUGUACGUCCAAAUUCAGUGUACUCCAAAAUGAUCAUUUUUUGGGUACGACAGGCCCAAGAACUCUAUUUACAAUCGAAUGUGAUAGUGGCAAAGAUAUUCGAAGAUAUUCUUUUUUUCAAGCUGAAGAUAAAAUUCUUCUUCCAGUUGCAACACAAUUUAAAGUUGUGGCAUGCCUCAGCCAAGGCAAAGAUCUUUAUAUGGUACAACUUGAAGAAAUUCAAUCACAAUUUUCUCUAAUUGAACUGCCGUCACCAUUACCAGUACCAACACCAUCAACAGGUAAGAAUAUAUAA